UCCCCAUUCCCACCAUGUUUCAAGUUUUCUUGGUCCUCCCAUUUACGUUGAACAUCAGAAAACUAAAAUAACAUAAAUUACUCGUAGAUGCAACCAACCCAGGAUUAAGCCUACCCCAUCACAACAUAACUUCAAGAGACAAGAUUUCAACCUCGAUCUGAUCUUUAAGGAUCUUCUUCUUCUUCUUCUUCUUCUUCUUCCUCAGAGAGAGAGAGAGAGAGAGAUGGGCAGAGGUAUACUGGAGGUUUUGCUGGCUAAUGCUCAAGGCAUUCGGAAUAUUGCUAGCUUCCAUGCUAAGAUGAAUCCAUACGUUGUAAUUCGAUAUGGAGAUCAAGAGUGUACGAGCAGCGUGGCUCGAGGAGAAGGAAAGAAACGAGUAUGGAACGAGAAAUUAACGUUCAACGCCGACUACCCAGGUGGCGAAGAUCACAAAUAUAAGCUCACUUUUCAUAUUAUGGACAAGCACAAAACCUCCCACGAUGUUUUUGUUGGCGAAACUACAAUAUAUGUGAAGGAUGUGGUGUCCUUUGGGGUGGAGACCGGAAAGGCUGAACUUCGACAUGGCAAGUAUAGGGUUGUCCUUCCGGACAAGACCUACUCUGGAGAGAUUUCUGUUGCAGUAACUUUCACCCAUAAUGCGUAAGAAAUAUGUACACACUCGCAUUUGGUAUGAAAUCUAUGCAUAUAGGUUGAAUUUUAUAUGUAUAUAUAUGUAUUCCACACAGAAUGUGAGUAUGUACAAAUAUCAUUUGCGAGUGUGUAAACAUGUUUAGACUGGUUAUAAAUUUGUAUAUUUUACCUCAAUAAUAAUUUUUACUGCUACAUUAUAAAGUAAACAUUUAAAAA